GUCAGUCAGUCGGCAGCCGGAGGAGAAGUGAGACUGAGCUCAGCGGGAAUCGACGGCAUUCAAUUAAUCUUUAUUAACAAACAACAGGACAGUGCUUCUGGGUGAAGAAGAAGAGGUGGGUUUCCAUGGCGACAGGUGUGUCUGUGUUGCUGAGCGUAUGGGUCGGUGUGUGCGCGGCGUUUAACCUCGACACGGCAUUCCCGCUGGUGAAGUCUGGCGGAGACGGUAGUCUGUUCGGACUGUCUGUCGCUCUGCACCAAGACCUGAAGACAGACGGCUUCCUGCUAUUGGUCGGCGCUCCCAGGGAGAAGGCAGAACCUAAUGUUCCAGCUAAUCGAACAGGAGCCGUGUACAGCUGCCCGAUCACCGCUCAACAAUCAGAGUGCAGCAGGAUGAAGCUCAUAGACCCAGAGCUGGACCUGUCUGAGGACCUGAUUGAGGACAUGUGGUUGGGCGUCUCAGUAGCCAGUCAGGGCCGACCCGGGGGGAGGGUCCUGGCGUGCGGCCAUCGCUUCGUUAAACUCUACGGAGUGUUCAAACUCAGACACAUGAUUGGACGCUGUUAUCUCCGUGGAAACGACCUGAAGUACAACGACACGGACAAUCACUGGCAGAACCCUGACCAGCCCUGCAGUCACCUGGGAGACCUCAGCACUCAGGUGAUGUGUAACAUGGGGAUUUCUGCCUCCAUCACUCAGACUGAAGUCAUUGUCGGAUCACCUGGAAGCUACGAAUGGCAAGGAAACGUGCACGUCAACUGGAUGAAUCCAGACAACGUCUUUGACACCAAGAGCAGCUCCUUCCCGAACACGCAGCACAGAAACAUUUAUAUCGGAUAUUCGGUGACUCAGGCUCGUCGUCUUCUCUCUCAGGAGGAUGAAACUAUAGUGACAGGAGCUCCUAAGGACAGUAAAGAGGACGCGCGCGGCUCUGUGCUGCUGGCAGUGAAACAGUCCGAUAGACUGACGACUCUGCAGACACUGCGCGGAGAACAGAUGGGCUCGUACUUCGGUAACGCUGUGGCAACCACCGACCUCAACAACGACGGGUGGGGCGACCUGCUGGUGGGUGCUCCUUUUUACUUCCAGCGUCAGCAGGAGGUGGGCGGGGCAGUUUACGUGUACAUGAACGCAGGAGGUCGGUUUGAUUCUGUGCCCAGCGUGGUGCUGAGAGGAGCGGCCGGGUCAGCGUUCGGCAUGGCUGUUACUGCCGCCGGAGACCUGGACCAGGACGGCUUCCAGGACUUUGCAGUCGGAGCUCCUUUCCAUGAAACAGGAAGUGUGAUGAUCUGGAGCGGGAGCAGCGAGGGCAUCUCUGCAGAACCCAGCCAGGUGAUCUGGGGCAGCAGAGUUUCUCCUGGGUUCAGGACCUUUGGUUACUCUCUGUCUGGAGGUCUGGAUGUUGAUGUGAACAAGUAUCCGGACCUGCUGGUGGGCUCUCUGGACGACAGCGUCGCUCUACUCCGAACUCGUCCAGUCGUUCACCUCAAUAAAACCAUCAGAGUUUCCCCGGAGGUCGUUGACCCAAACAGCUGCGACUUCUGUAUUCAGGUGGAGGUGUGUUUCUCCUUCAUGUUCAGCACCGGAGAGAAGAGCAACAGAGACAACAUCACCAUCCACUUCACCGUCACGGCUGACGUCACCAGCAUCAAGUCCCGCCUCCGUUUCCGUGACAGCGGUCAGAGCGUAUUCUCUGGUUUCCUGUCGAUGCCGAAACAGCGCUGUGUGAUCCUGAGCACCGGCCUGCAAAGUCCGAUCAGAAACAAAGUGGAACCUCUGGUGUUCUCCCUGAACGCCUCGCUGUACGAGAAGUUCCCCAAGAAAAGAAAUGCCGUACAGGACCUGAAACGCCUCCCGGUGCUGAGCCAGACACCUCGACCCAUCAGAACCCAGAUCCACAUCCAGAAGGCCUGUGGUUCUGAUAACCGCUGCCAUAGUAAUCUGCAGAUGACGGCCCAGUUCACAGAUGAGAACCAGAACCCCUUCAGCACGCAGAAGGACAGUCAGGUUUUGUACUACAAUGUGAGCAUUAACCGGUUGUUUCUGGAGGUUAACAUCAACAACACAGCGUCACCAGGCCGACCAGCAGAGGAUGCUCACAAUGCUGUUUUGAACAUUAGCAUCCCACCGUCACUCAUAUACUCUGGAGUUCGAGCGAAGCGAGACAUCCAGGCAGUAAUGGAGUGUUCUGUGGAGGACAACGUUCUCCUGUGUGAGCUGGGAAAUCCGUUGAGAGGGAAUCAGAAGGUUCAAGUGUUGAUCAUAUUUCAGCCGUCUGAGAUCAGUUUAGACACCAGAGAGAUUCAGUCUCUGCUGCAGCUGUCCACGCUCAGUGAGCAGUCCAAUCUGGUUCCUGUGUCCGUCUCCAUGUUGGUGGAGUAUUCACUGCAGACGUCUCUCACUCUAAUCCACAUGCCAGGCCCCGCCUCUUUCAGCGGUCAUGUGAUCGGUGAGUCGGCCAUGAAGAAGACGGAGGAUGUCGGCAGUCUGCUGCUCUUCACCCUCCAGGUGCACAUCAGCGGGAAGCCACUGGGUCGCCUAGGUAACCUGCAGGUGGAGUUUGAUUGGCCGAGGGAGGUGUCCAAUGGGAAAUGGCUGCUGUACCUCACAGAGAUCCAAGUGAACGGCACGUCGGAGGCUCGCUGCGCUCCGCCCGGGAACAUCAUCAACCCUCUCCAUCUCAUGCUGUCAAAGGAGAAGGAGAAGAAGAGGAGUCUGGAGGAGGUGCAGGAGGUGCAGGAGAAGAAGAAGAGGAGGAGUGUGGAGAAGGGGCAGGAGGAAAAGACCCUCCCUGUCCUCCACCUGCAGGGACAGAAGAAGAAGUCCUACACUCUGGAUUGUCUGCACGGGGCUCGCUGUGUGACGUUUGUCUGUCGGCUGGUCAACAUGAAGUCCUCAGCGACGCUCACUGUCAGAGCCAGACUGUGGAACUCCACAAUGAUGGAGGACUUCAGCGAUGCGAGAAGUGUGUUGGUUCGAGGCCGAGCGACUCUGAAGCUGCAGACGAACAAACCCACCAUCAACAUGGAGCCGCGCAGCACAGAGAUGGAGGUCCACAUUUAUCCGGAGCCGGGGGAGCAGCAGGACUCCGGCGCCCCCCUGUGGAUCAUUGUGGUGUCGGUUCUGGCUGGAGUCUUACUGCUGGCUGUGAUCUGCACACUGCUCUGGAAGUGCGGUUUCUUCGUGCGGCGGAGAGCUUGGCAGGCUGCGGCGCUCCACCAGGGGAGGAUUAUGGGUAAAAACGAGCAGGGGCAGCGCACGGACACCGACGGUUUCCUGAUCCACGACGACCAAAACAGGAAGUUCACCAAACACUGGGUCACCUCCUGGAGCGACGCGCACUGACAGUAUCCAUGGAAACAUCCUGAACUGGACCAAUACUGCCUUUUAAUACCUGUGUGUGUGUGUGUGUGUGUGUGUGUGUGUGUGUGUGUGUGUGUGUGUGUGUGUGUGUGUGUAUGUGUAUAUGUGUGUAUGUAUAUGUGUGUGUACAUGUGUAUGUAUGUGUGUGUAUAUGUGUGUGAUACAAGGUUAAUUCUGAUUUAAAUAUUUCUCUUUGUAAACAACAGGUUCUUUUUUAUAUGAAACGUUUUCUUUAUUAUUUUGUUUUUAAAUAUGAUAUGAUUUGCUGAGUGUGAACUGCAUUUCCCAGCAUCCUCUUGGCCUUUGAGAAAGAUAUAAAGACAUGAACACGUUA